AUGCCAUACGCACAGCCCCCGACAGGCAGUCUCCGAUUUCGCCCGCCGCAGUCCCUCAACACCACCUGGAACGGCACCCGGCCCGCAACGGGCUACUGCGCGGAAUGCAUCGGCUACGGCAGCGACGACUGGACCUGGGGCGACAUCGUGUCCGAAGACUGCCUGGGGCUCAGUGUAGUGCGACCCCACGGAAUCAACGCCAGUGCUAAUCUUCCUGUCCUUCUGUGGAUGCAUGGCGGCGAAUACGCUCAAGGGGGAAGCCGCGACCCGCGCUACAACAUCUCCUACAUCCUCGAGCAAUCCGUAGAAAUGGGAUCUCCCAUCAUCGGGGUCACCAUCAACUACCGUCUCUCUGGGUGGGGCUUCAUCUACGGCGAGGAGAUUGCCGCUGACGGUUGUGCCAACCUGGGCCUCCGGGACCAACGGCUGGCGAUGCACUGGGUGAACGAGAACAUCGGCGGCUUUGGCGGCGACCCGAGCAGCGUCACCAUCUGGGGCCAGAGUUCCGGCGCCAACAGCGUCGGCCUGCACCUGGUCGCAUACAAUGGCCGCGACGACAAUAUCUUCCGCGGCGCGAUCGCGGAAAGUGGCUCCAUCCCGUCGCUGGCCUCAUACAUGAACGCGUCGGUCGCGCAGCCGUACUACGAGGCCGUGGUCAAUGCAGCGAAUUGCUCCAGGGCCCCGGACACCUUGGAUUGUCUGCGGCACGUGCCCACCGCAGCCCUGAGUGCCAUCUUCAACAGCUCCGUUACGACCAACGCCAGCUACCACCCGGUCAUCGACGGCGAGUUUCUCACGGCCUCCGGCAUCACCGGCCUGCAGACCGGUCGGUUUGCCAGGCGGCCGCUCCUGAUCGGAACCAACUUCGACGAGGGCACCAAGUACGCGCCCCGAGGCAUCAACACGACGUCGCAGUUCCUGGAGAUGCUUCGCAAUAACGGCACCAACCAGUCCACGGCCCUCCACCUGGCAUCGCUCUACCCCGAUGACCCCGCCGUCGGCAUCCCAGCCACGCUCCACGGCCGGCCCCCGCCGGAAUACGGCUAUCAGUGGAAACGUGCGGCGGCGUUCAGUGGCGACCUGCUCAUGCACUCGACGCGCCGCAUAACCAGCCAGUGGCUAGCGCGGUGGAAUGUGAGCACCUACUCGUUCCAUUGGAAUGUGAUGACCGAGGGGCCGAUCAAUGGCGCCGCUCACUUCGACGAGCUGGCAUUCUCCCUCCACAAUCUGGACGACUUGGGCACACAGAUCGGCAAUGACACCACGACCUUUCCCCAGUUGGCGACCAUGAUGUCCCGGAUGUGGGUGAGUUUCGUGAACCACCUGGAUCCGAAUUAUAACAACGUGACAAAUGUGUACUGGCCGCCGUACACGGUGGAGCGCCCGCAGAAUAUGGUCUUCGAUGUGAAUCGGACAGAGCUGGCGUAUGUGGAGCCGGACACAUAUCGAUCUGCGGGCAUUGGGUAUCUCAUGGACCUCCUGCAAGGGGAUUUCAAUCGCUGAUGAUUCAAUUCAUCCGGGACCCACGCGCCCUCGACAUCUCAACGGGCGUGGCCUAUGUGACAUCCAGGACAGACAUUAGGAUUAUAGAAC